CGCAUACCAUGUCCUUCGCACCUCGGUCCACCCAACGCGCCCUCCGCGCCGCCCGUGCGCUCUUCAAAGCCGCCCCCAAUCCGGCCCAAACCGCGGCGUACUCGCUGCUCGCCCGCCAGAGCCAGCAGGUCGCCGCCCAGACCGCCCGCCGGGCGACCGUCGAGGCGACCCGUGGCGUGAAGACGCUCAACUUCGCCGGCACCGAGGAGGUCGUGUACGAGCGCUCGGACUGGCCGCUCGCCAAGCUGCAGGACUACUUCAAGAACGACACGCUCGCGCUUAUCGGCUACGGCUCGCAGGGGCACGGCCAGGGCCUCAACGCGCGCGACAACGGGCUGAACGUCAUCGUCGGCGUCCGCCCCGAGGGCGAGUCGUGGAAACAGGCGAUCGAGGACGGCUGGGUCCCCGGCGAGACGCUCUUCUCGAUCGAGGACGCCAUCAACCGCGGGACGAUCAUCAUGAACCUCCUCUCCGACGCCGCGCAGAGCCAGACCUGGCCGACCGUCGCGCCGCUGAUCACGAAGGGCAAGACGCUCUACUUCUCGCACGGCUUCUCGGUCGUGUACAAGGAGGACACGAAGGUCGUUCCCCCUGCUGACGUGGACGUCAUCCUCGUCGCGCCCAAGGGCUCGGGCAGGACCGUCCGGACGCUCUUCAAGGAGGGCCGCGGCAUCAACUCGUCGAUCGCGGUGUGGCAGGACGUCACCGGCAAGGCGAAGGAGAAGGCCGUUGCGCUCGCUGUCGGUAUCGGCUCGGGCUACAUGUACGAGACCACCUUCGAGAAGGAGGUUUACUCGGACCUUUACGGCGAGCGUGGUGUCUUGAUGGGCGGCAUCCAGGGCAUGUUCCUCGCGCAGUACAAGGUCCUCCGCAAGAACGGUCACUCGCCAUCGGAGGCGUUCAACGAGACCGUCGAGGAGGCGACUCAGUCGCUCUUCCCGCUCAUCGGCGCCAAGGGCAUGGACUACAUGUACAACGCCUGCUCGACGACCGCGCGUCGCGGCGCGCUCGACUGGGCGCCCAUCUUCGAGGCCGCGAACACGCCCGUGUUCGAGAAGCUGUACGAGAGCGUGCGGAACGGUACCGAGACUCGGAAGAGUCUCGAGUUCAACGGCCGGAAGACGUAUCGCGAGGACCUUGCGCGCGAGCUGAAGGAGAUCGACGAGCAGGAGAUCUGGAGGGCCGGCAAGGUUGUGCGCUCUCUCCGUCCCGACUACAAGCCUUGAGCGGGGAGCACCGUAGCGUUUUGCAUUUCUUCGUCUAUGACCUUUCGCACUAUUGCGCUUCUUCUGCGGAAUGUACUUUAUUUGAUCUGCUCUGCAAUCACGAUCAAAAGCGCCGAGGCGCAUCCCACCGACCUGUUCG